AUGGCCACGGUGGGAAGAUUCGAUCAGUUCAUCGAAGACGGUGAUGAAGAUUUCCAGUCCUACGUGGAGCGGUUCGACCACUUCCUGAAGGCUUCCCGGAGCGACGACCUGAAGGUGUCAGUGUUCAUAACGGUAAUAUGGAAGAAAGCCUACAAAACCCUGAAAACAUUGCUGGAACCAGAAAAGCCGGAAAAGAAGACGUACGAACAGUUGGUGCAGACCCUGCAAGAGCAGUACGUGCCCAAAGCCGCUGUAAUUGCCGAGCGGUUCAAAUUUAAUUUGCGUUUUCAGCAAGACGGCGAAACAGUGGCAGCUUUCGCGGUAGAACUGAAGCGGUUGGCGACGUCCUGCGACUUCGGGGCAUUUUCGGACGAAGCUCUUCGCGACAGAUUUGUGGCAGGACUUGGCGACAAAGAAACGCAAGCAGAGCUGCUAAAGAACAGCACGUUGACGUUUAGAAAUGCCUGCGAUAUCCCAAGGAGUAUCGAGUUGGCCCGGAAGGAAAGUCGAGAUAUUCAGCCGGGUGCAGCGCAAGGAACCGUCAGCGCUAUUCACGACGAACCAGAUAGCGGAAAACGCCCACCGCGCUGGAGAGAAGAAACUUCGGCGAUGCCGGCUGAUACAAGGGCGACGAAAUCAUUGCCCUGUUUCCGAUGUGGCUCAAAGCAUGAAGCAUCUAUCUGCAAAUUUCGAAAGUAUCGUUGUCGGUUGUGUAAACGUGUCGGGCACUUAGCGAAGAUGUGCCAGGACAGAAGUAGAGACUUUGCAAACACGAUAGAUGAAGACAGUGACGCGGCUGAACUUCUCACGACACUCCAUGACAAGAAGAGCGCCCGCCCUAAACAGCCUGGCUCCAAGCGCCCGGCCAACACUGAAGAAUUUCCGGCGCUCGAUGCCUCAACGGCGCCACCACAGGCCCUUGCCACCUAUAACCUGACUUCUGACCCACACCUCCUGCAUCUCUGGGAUGCUCGCCGCGGCCUCAUACGCCAUUGGCGGCGAAACAAGCUGAACCGUAAACUCCGCUUCCGCAUCGAGGCGCUCACCGCAGAAGUGGCUGCAUAUUCUGUGCAGCUUGCCGACUCAAAUUGGACCGACACGUGCAUGAAGGCAGCUGGCCAGAUGAGCUCCAAGAGCACGUGGCGCCUCUUCAGGAGCCUCCUGGACUCCUCCACCACCCGUGGAAAGAAACACAGCGAAUACUACCGAGGCAGGCGGCUCGCCAGGGUAAACGUCAUCAGAUACAAGCGCCAAAAUGACCCGCAGGCGCGCUUCGUUGACGCAGUCAAGUAUCCGGGCCAAAACGCCUUCGCCAUCAGCGUCACAGACUACAGGGCGAUGACACUGGCGUUAGUGACAAUUCUCGCCAAACAGGCGGACACAGCUGAGGAAGCCGCUACAGCACUCGCCACUCAUACAAGCGAGGAUGUCAUAGUGGUCUUCACCGACUCUCAAACAGCGGCACGCAACUACAUGAUGUGCAGGAUCACCAUCAAAGCGAUCAGAAUACUGAAACUUGGCGACACUCUGCCCCCCUACAUCUGCAUCAUGCGGGUUCCGGGACGCGAGGGACCCGAGGGGAAUUAA